UUCGUCCAUUUCCAUGAAUCAAAGCCGCUCAUAUUCAGAGUAAAAAGAGCCAAGACAAGAGAUCCGCAUGAGAGAAAGUCAAAAACCAAAGGAAAGUGUUGAGAACGCUUCAAAGUGAUACAGUGUGUGGAGUUUGGGUCAGGAUGCGGCCGGCUCUGUUCCUCUGUCCCGUCCUGAUCUCUCUGUUAUUCCUUCUGUCUGGACUGACCCUCAUCAGCGGCUGUAACAAAGCUCUGUGUGCCAGCGACGUCAGCAAAUGUCUUCUACAGCUGAAAGAUCUCGAUGUUUCCUUCAAGACUCACGGCUCUCUAGCACAUGUGUUUGGAGAGCAUGUUUAUGGAAACUGUUCGUGUUGUAAGGAGUGCAUGCUGUGUUUGAGCUCUCUGUGGGAGGAGUGCUGCGACUGUGUCGGAAUGUGUAACCCCAGGAAUUACAACGACAGUCCUGCCACCUCCAAGAGCACUGUCGAGGAGCUGUACCGCCCAAUCCCGUCGCUCUCUCUCAUCAUCUCCUCCUCUCCUUCUCUCCUCUCCCCUCGUCCUCUCCUACACGUGCUCUUCCUCUGCUCUCAUUCCUCAGAUGGCUUGUGUACGGUGGUCUACUUUGAUGACUGCGUGUCCAUCCGUCAGUGUAAGCAGUACUGCGAGUCGAUGGGUGGAUCAAAGUACCGCUGGUUUCAUAACGCCUGCUGUGAGUGCAUCGGCCCUGAAUGUCUGGACUACGGCAGCAAAGCCGUCAAAUGCAUGAACUGCCUCAUCUGAGAGCCCAACACUGACUUCAUACACUUCAUCUGCUGUUUUAUUGUAUAAAACACGUCUGAUCUGAUCUACAGAUCUUGUUUCUUAUUCUUGUCUUUUGAAAAAUAAGGUCAAGGGUGUUUUUUGUAAGUUAUCGAUAUUGUUUGUGAAUUAUUACAGCAGCAUGUAGAGGACAUUUCUCAUUCAAAUCAUAUUCCAUCUGUAUAUAGUUCUCAUUUCGUAUUAAUAUGUCUGGUUUCAUUAAUAA